GAAUAAAAUAUGUAUGCAUGUGUAUUCGAAGCUUUAAUUCAUUUUUAAUCUCUAUAUAAAGGGGGAGACGAGGAGCUCCAGGGGCCAUCGAGUUCUCUCCGCGGGUGUUGCUUCGUUCACGUUUUUGGGUGAUUUGGGUACUGUAAUCUACUCUAGCAGAAUGGGAAGCACUGGAAACGAAGGAACGAUCUAUGGCGAGUACACUUAUGCGGAGUUGGAGAGGGAGCCUUACUGGCCCACUGAGAAGUUGCGGAUCUCUGUGACGGGAGCCGGAGGCUUUAUCGGGUCUCACAUUGCGAGGCGGUUGAAGAGUGAGGGGCAUUACAUCAUUGCCUCGGACUGGAAGAAGAACGAACACAUGACCGAGGAUAUGUUCUGCCACGAGUUCCACCUCGUCGAUCUCAGGGUGAUGGACAACUGCUUGAAGGUGACCACAGGAGUAGACCAUGUUUUCAAUCUUGCGGCCGAUAUGGGUGGGAUGGGAUUUAUUCAGUCCAAUCACUCUGUGAUCAUGUACAACAAUACUAUGAUCAGUUUCAACAUGCUCGAAGCGGCAAGGAUUAAUAGCGUGAAAAGGUUCUUCUAUGCAUCGAGUGCCUGUAUCUACCCUGAAUUCAAGCAAUUGGACACUAAUGUGAGCUUGAAGGAAUCCGAUGCUUGGCCUGCGGAGCCCCAAGAUGCGUAUGGCUUGGAGAAGCUCGCGACGGAGGAAUUGUGCAAGCACUACACCAAGGACUUUGGGAUUGAGUGUCGGAUUGGGCGCUUCCAUAACAUUUAUGGCCCUUUUGGAACAUGGAAAGGUGGUAGGGAGAAGGCGCCUGCUGCCUUCUGUAGAAAGACUCUCACUUCCACUGAUAGGUUUGAAAUGUGGGGAGAUGGGCUGCAGACUCGAUCCUUUACUUUCAUUGAUGAGUGCGUUGAAGGUGUCCUGAGAUUGACGAAGUCGGAUUUCCGAGAGCCAGUAAACAUUGGAAGUGAUGAAAUGGUCAGCAUGAAUGAGAUGGCUGAAAUCGUUCUCAGCUUUGAGGACAAGAAGCUGCCCAUCCACCACAUUCCUGGUCCAGAGGGUGUUCGUGGCCGCAACUCUGACAACACCCUUAUAAAAGAGAAACUCGGGUGGGCCCCAUCAAUGAGACUCAGGGACGGCCUGAGGAUCACAUACUUCUGGAUCAAGGAACAACUUGAGAAGGAGAAAGUCGCGGGAGUUGAUCUGUCCUUAUAUGGCUCAUCCAAGGUGGUGCAGACACAAGCACCGGUUCAGUUGGGCUCACUCCGUGCGGCAGAUGGAAACGAAUGAAGCUGAGAUUGCCUCUUAAGUCACUUCUGGUGGCUUUGCAUCACUGAUUGUCAUAUUAUUUUUUUAGAAGGCAGGAAGAGUUCUCUGGUAUUUAUUUUAGCAUCCUUUGUUACAACGGUGUGUUAAUGGAUGCGCUUUUGACACCUUAUGUGUCCACGCCCAUCCUUGUUUCCUAAAAUUAGUAUUAGCUACAUAUCGAGUUGUCUAAGUAGUGUAAGCAUAUGUUACUACGAGAUACAGAAUAAAAUUUCCCUGUCACUGUGGAGAUGAAAUUGAAGUUUGGCGUAUGGUCUCAUUGUUAUUCUGUUCAAUCUGAAUGUUGUUCUCAACAUCAGUACAUUUCUUCGCGGUGCUGUAGAAAUAAAACGAAAGUUCAUAGAGUAUUAUGCUGAUCA